ACCACACCGCCUUAUCUUAUUCAAGAUAAUUGAAAGAAUGAACUUUGAAACAUUUUGUGCUCCCUCGCCCAAGAUAUCCAAAACUUAGAUUUCUGAUUAUUGACUUAAUGUGAGUUUUCUGAAGCUUUCGAUCCUUGCAUGCUAACUUGACUGAUAAGAACAAAAUCUAAGGCGUGGUACCGCAAGGAAGUACUAAAUAAUACAGACCAAGCCUGUUUUUUGAAGCGCCAAGUAACAGCAUUUAUGGAGGAUCCGACAAGAAAACCAGAUCUAAAAGACAAAAAUGCUUUUGAAGAACCUGAAGAUAAACAUGAUGAUGAAUAUGAGGUAACUACUGACAAAGAAAAACGAGAGAAAGAUGAUGAAGAAAAAGAAGACAUUGACGAAAAGAAAGACACAGAGAAACCGUUGAUAGAUGACGACUCAGUAAAAAUAGAUAUAAAAUCUGGUGAUGAAGGGACAGACACAGCUACCCUUCCAAUAUCAGAUAAGAAAUCAAGAGAUGAUAAUAAUGCAAAGAAAGAGAAACCACCAAUGUAUCUCUUUCCUAUUACUCAAAUGAAGCUUGCAUGGACAAGAUCGUCAAAUAUACUGGAAUUCCUCCUUAGAGCUACAUGCAUUGUUUUUUCCACAUUGGGAUGGCUCCUUUGCGUGGGAGGCUUUCCUUUCGUAUCUGUUGCAAUGCUUGUAAUAGGCAGUGUAUACGUAGAUGAUUGCAAAGCAGAACCGAAUAUUCCUGUUUACCUGAUUGUAGCAGGAGUAUUGGGAACCUUACAGCAUUUCAUGUCCGUCUGGACUAAGUAUUUACCCAAGGACUCCCAAGGUCGUAUGCAGGAAUAUAGGAGCUACUGUAGAGCUGUGGAUAGUGUAUUACACAUUUUCUUAGCAAUAUGGUUCAUUUGUGGUAUGUAAAAUUAUCUUUAUACCAUGAAUAA